AUGGCCGAUUCUGGACGUAGCCCAAGACCAGCAGGAAACGCUGUCCGUCAACGCAGAGGAGGUUUGUAAUUUUCAAAUAAAAAUCUUAUGAAUUGGGAAAGAAUUGGUGCAACUUAUAGUUGAACAUGGUCAAUAAUUUAUUUUAUGAGAAAUUUCACAAAUAAAUUUUGCACAUGUCUGAUUUUGAAUUUAGAGAGACUGUUUCUGAAAAUUGAACCUUUUUCUGAAUUUCAAUAUUCAUAUAGCAAAUUGAAAAUUGUAAUGGGAUAAAUAAAGGACUGUGAAAACCUAAAACCGAAGUUGGUCACAAAAUUUUCCCGAAAAUAUUUUCUAAGGAAUUAAAAAAAUAAUUCAUAUGAUCAAAAAUUUCCAGGAGCCACAGCUGCACCAGCUCGCGCUCGCGGAGGAAACAACGGAGGACUCUGGCGUUUCUACACCGAAGACUCGACCGGCCUCAAGAUCGGACCAGUUCCAGUUCUCGUCAUGUCUUUGGUCUUCAUCGCUUCCGUCUUCGUUCUUCACAUUUGGGGAAAAUUCACAAGAAGUCGCGCUUAA